CCCGUUUCGUUCCAUUUGUUUUCGUUUAAAAAAGUUUUUCAACAGAAUUGGCAUAAGGAAUACACUCCCGGCGACCCCACUGUCUGGGUGCAAUCAUAUCCUACUCACUGGUUCAUUGUUUAGCCAGAUCAUUGUCCCAAUUUCCAACAUGAAGAUACCAGUAGUUGAUUUCGGAGCAUACAAAUUAGGGGAGAACGAUGUUUCUGGCGAGCAGUUAGAGAUCCUGAGCAGGCAGUUGAAAACGGCUUUUACUGAAGUGGGAUUUGUUUAUUUGAAGAAUACUGGGAUAGUGCAACAAGAGGUGGACGGUGUUAUGAACAUAUCCAAGAAAUUCUUUCUGCAACCAGACGAAAUGAAACUGCCUUUCAGCAGGAAAAGCUUCGCAAAUAAUCCUAACCAUGGCUGGGUGUCUUCAGAGACUGAGAGUUUAAAUCCCAAGAGACCAGGAGACCUAAAGGAAGCCUUCAACACUGCAUCCCUUCAUCCAGUCAUAAAAUGGCCAUCGUGGGAAGGAGUGAGUGGAUUCUGUGAGAUCCAGUCGUCGUUCUUCCUGCGCUGUAAGGACCUGAGUCUCCGGGUGCUCCAUGUGAUGGCCUACAGUCUGGGCCUGGAGGCUGAGGUCUUCCUGAGUGUACACAGACACAUAGGGAGUGAUGAGAACGGCAGUACCCUGAGGUCUCUGUAUUACCCCCCGGUGAGGAGUGACAGGGUAAAGGAGGGCCAGCUGCGCUGUGGAGAACACUCUGACUACGGCAGCAUCACCCUGGUCUUCCAGAGCCAAGAGGGUGGCCUGCAGGUGCGUACCAGGUCAGGGGAGUUCAUCUCUGCUCCCAGCAUCCCUGGGACAGUACUGAUCAACAUAGCUGACCUGAUGCAGAGGUGGACCAGUGAUGUUUUCCUCUCAGCGGUCCAUAGGGUUUUGCUGCCCCCUGCUGGAGACUCGAGCACACGGCAGUCCCUGGCUUUCUUUGUGCAGCCGGACGAUGAAGCCCUCAUCACCUGUUGUGACGGGUCCAACAAAUAUCCCCCUGUGAAGGCAGGGGCAUAUCUCAUUGAACGCUUCAAUGAUUCUUAUGGGAGGAAGUGAGCAUUAUCUAUCUAGCAUUAAUUAUUUUAUGUUAGGGAAAAAGUAUGUCAGUAAUGAGAGAAUAAAUAAGUCAAGUACAACCA